AUGUUUAAACUUUGUGCCAUAUGUGCUUGUAAAAUUUUUUACGUUGACACUGCUGAUGGCACAUCUAUGCUAGCUGAUAAAGUUUACAAAGAUUGUGUGUUGCAAUUAGAUGAGCAUGAGUUUUUCGUAGAUCUUGUACCAAUGGAUAUCCAUAGCUUUGAUAUAAUUAUUGGUAUGGAUUGGUUGGCUAAGAAUCGGGCUUAUAUUUUGUGUUUUCAAUGCAUAAUCCAUAUACCGAACGACGUCGACUAUUUAUAUGUUUACGAUGAAAAGCGUAAAGGGGACGUAAAGUUGAUUUCUACGCUUAAAGCUCGAAGACACCUAUCUAAAGGUUGUUCUUCCUAUUUAGCCUAUAUUUUUUAUGCGUCGAAAGAGGUAAAGAAAACGGUUAGUGACGUACCGGUUGUGUGUGAAUUUCCGGAUGUAUUUCCCCAGGACUUACCCGGUUUACCUCCUGAUAGACAAGUUGAAUUUCAAAUUGACUUAAUUCCUGGUGCAACGCCGAUUGCUAGGAAGCCAUAUCGUCUGGCUCCGGCUGAAAUGAAAGAAAUGAAGAAUCAACUGCAAGAACUUCUCGAUAAAGCGUUCAUGGAUAUGAUGAAUCGUGUGUGCCGGCCAAUGUUGGACAAAUCUGUGAUCGUGUUUAUAGACGAUAUUCUUGCAUAUUCCAAAUUUGAAGCGGAUCACGUGAAGCAUUUGUGUGAGAUGCUUGAAACACUUCGACAAGAGCGUCUAUAUGCUAAAUUUUCGAAAUGUGAAUUUUGGCUACGUCAGGUGCAAUUCCUAGGUCAUACAAUUUCUUGUGACGGUGUGUCGGUUGACCCGUCCAAAGUUGAAGCUGUAAAGAAUUGGGAGCAACCUAAGAAUGCAUCUGAGAUUCGUAGUUUUCUUGGACUCGCGGGUUAUUAUAGACGAUUCAUACAAUAUUUCUCUAAAAUUGUCGUGCCUUUAACUUCGUUGACCCAGAAAGAUGUCAAGUUUGAAUGGGGUGAAGCUCAAGAGAAUGCUUUUCAGGUGUUAAAGCUUUGUUUGUCAAAUGCUCAUGUUCUAGCUUUACCAGAAGGUAGUGACGACUUGGUAGUUACAGUGAUGCUUCUAAACUGGGUCUCGGUUGUGUUCUUAUGCAGCGAGGCAACGUAA